AUGAGUCUGUGCAAAAGAAAGAAAGAGGAUGAAUCAGUUUCUGCUGAUGAUGAUGAUGAUGUUUGCCUGAUCAGUAAAGCCCCAGAAGUAAUCUCAGUGGACAUACCACAAAGAAAGGGGAAGGAGCAGGAGUGUUCAAGAAACUGGGAAGCAACAACGUCCACUGGACUUGUCUCUUACCAAGACUGUAAUUUAUCUGUUGAGCCUCGAGAAACAUGCAAGAGAACGAAAUAUGAUGAAGAAGAAGAAGGAGUUGCUGCUCAUGCUUCUUACGGAAUCAUCAGUAAGACCCCAGAAAGAUCUCGGGAGAGUUACAAGAGAACACGUUUCAAGAACUCAUCAACAAACAAAAUUAGGGAAAAUCUUAUGGAAAGAGACAAAACAGAUGAAUCCACCGGUCUGUCACUUGUAUGCGUUCCUCCAGGGAUGAAGGAAUGUGAUGAAGAGCCGGUGGUUGUAACAACAGGAACAGCCAGUAAAAGAACUUCUGGUGUUGUCGACAUUGGUGUCAAUAAAUUUGCUUACUUCUUCCAGGUAGCUUUGCCCGGUGUCUCCAAAGAUUCCGGUGAAUUCAGCUGUGAGAUUAAAUCAGAUGGAAAAGUUAUACUAGAGGGAUCAACUACCACAGGAUGCAAAAUGAUAAAGAGACAUUCUCGGGUUUUCAAGAUGAAUAUCCAGAAGCUGUGUCCCCCUGGACCGUUCAAGCUGUCCUUUAGCCUCCCAGGACCAGUUGAUCCACGGCUAUUCUCUCCUAACUUCAGAUCAGACGGUAUCUUCGAGGCUAUUGUCAUCAGACAGGUAAACUCUAUCUAA